AUGGAUUUCUAUUCCCGUUGGCCAGAAGUGUACUUUACUACAUCGCCCAGUGCAGAAUUUACCAUUCGAGAACUCAGGAAAACUUUCAGUGGAGGAGGUUUCCCGCAUGAUAACGUGACUGACAAUGGAAGUCAUUACACUGCCAAGAAGGUUACUUAUUGGUUGAACCCCGUGAGUUGUCGGUAUAUUCUCACUCCACCCCGAGAUCCGCAAUCCAAUGGCUCAGCGGAAAACUUUGUACGCACGCUGAAGAGUGCCAUUGCUUCCGCGAAUCCCAGUACCUUCAAUGAACUGGACAGAAGCUUCCAUAACUUUCUGAUGCAACGCAGUACAUUCAACUACGGAACACAGUCCAGCAAAGCUGUUUAA